GCCCGCGGGUUUGACAAAUCAGUCAAAUGCAAAAAUGCUUAGAGAUGGUACAUCAACGCCGAAUUAUUAUUCAACUUCACUUCCUCCCUCCGUGGUAAAGGACUUUUGACUCCUAAGUCUUCGGCGAUCGAAACUCGUCAUCUCUUAUCUUGUUCCUUUGAACUUGAUACUGAAGAGUAAGUUUGAUCGUUGGAGCAACAAGAGCUCACAAGGCCUACCUGGCUCAAUGGGUUAGGAGAAUACCUAAACAUUGGCACAAUGUUGAGAAAUCGUUCGUUCGGUAAGGGACGCCUUAGUUUGAAACGUAAACUCAAUCAGGAUGGUUCACCUUCCACGUCUUUGACAAACAGAACAGUGCUUCACAAAAGUAAUUUCCUCUCUGUGAACGACACUUUUAGUGAAUGCUUGGAUCAGAUCGCAGCAAUUGAAGAAGAAGCAUCACAGAAGCCUCAUGAGAAGACUGUUAUUGUGCCAGGAUUGUCUCCCAUUCUCAUUCCUAAAGAUGUGUCGGCUCACUCAAGUCCCAUUACUAAAUCUGGGACAGUUACUCAAAGAUGUUUGAUACCUCAAGAGCAAAUACCAGAUGACAGUCUCCAAGAUUGUGAACUCCUUGCUGUUGCUGUUCCUUUUGACGAAAACUCACCUGAGGGAAAUGAACAGGACCUUUUUGACGAGUCUCCAAAGCCACAAAAAAAUGUAUCUGACAGUGGUUGUGAAGGAGCAUCAAUUGACGAUGAAGAUGAAAAGCCAUGGGAAUAUUCAGUGUAUGUUAAAUCUCCUGCCACCCCAAAAAGUUGCCCCAGAGUGUUAAAGCCAUCUCCCAAAAUCAUGGGUGUUAGUAAAUUAACAAGUCCGCACCUACCGCUCAAUGCCACAAAAGUUGAAGUGAGUAUGCAAGGACUGGCCGAUAUUAACUGGGAUGAGUCCAUGAGGCUUGGAGACAAAUCAAUUGCACUGGGCCAUUCUCCUUCAUUUUCACAAAAGCUUCAACAGCAAUUAAUGAAUAAUAAUAAUCAUACUACACCUAUCAGAAAUAGAGUUCAUGAUUCUGUACCAAGUGUGUCAGACAAUUGUAAUUUCUUUGGACUCCCUUUAAUUGUUAAGCAACUGAUAGAAAAGUUCAGAGGAAUCAAAGAACUCUAUGAUUGGCAAAAAGAAUGUCUUUUAAUGCCAGAAGUUCAAAAGAGGCAUAAUCUUGUUUACGCACUACCUACCAGUGGUGGUAAAACAUUAGUUGCUGAAAUUUUAUUGCUGAAAGAAAUUUUAAUCAACAAGAAAAAUACUCUAUUUGUUCUUCCAUAUGUCUCAAUUGUGCAAGAAAAGGUGCGAUCUAUAUCUCAACUAGCAGUUGAGCUUGAUUUCUUUGUUGAAGAAUAUGCAGGGGGCAAAGGGACCUACCCUCCAAAGAAGCGCAGAUCUAAUAAUGCCGUUUACAUUGCUACUAUUGAGAAAGCUCUUGGUCUUGUCCAUUGCCUAAUAAAUGAAAAUAGGUUACAUGAAAUAGGAUUAGUCAUAAUAGACGAAUUACAUCUUCUUGGAGAAGGACGUCGUGGAGCUACUUUGGAAUCACUUCUCACCAAUUUGCGUUUUUCUCAAGGUGAUAUCCAAAUAGUUGGGAUGAGUGCUACAAUUGGCAAUCUAAAUGAAAUUGCCAAAUUUCUUGAUGCGAAGACUUACACUGGUGAUUUUAGACCAGUUGAAUUAAAAGAAUAUCUAAAAUGUGGACAAACUAUUUAUAGUAUUCAGCGCAAUUUGAUAGGAACUGAUGAAUCACCAUUGCUUGAAGAACGUACUUUAGAGUCCAAUUAUACUGAGGAGCAGCUUCAAAACGAUCCAGAUCUAAUAGGAGCACUUGUGUCUGAAGUUGUGCCAGAUGAGUCCUGUCUGGUGUUCUGUCCCUCUCGUAAAAAUUGUGAAAAUGUAGCAUUAUUGAUCUGUCAAAACAUGUCAAAGAAUUUGAAGACUGUCAGGGUUGAAGAGAAAAGAGCCCUUUACAAAGCACUUGUUGCCGAGGGCAAUGGCCAAAUCUGUCCUAUUCUCUUUAAAACUUUGCCCUAUGGAGUUGCAUAUCAUCACUCAGGAUUGACAGCAGCUGAACGCCGCCUUCUUGAGGAAGCCUACUUAGCCCAGACAUUGUGUCUCAUUUGCUGUACAUCCACACUUGCGGCUGGUGUAAAUUUACCAGCUAGAAGAGUCAUUUUAAGAUCUCCUUACAUUGGCAUAGAAUUUAUUGAUCUCAGUAGAUACAAGCAAAUGGUGGGAAGAGCAGGCCGAGCUGGGUUUGGUGGCAUAGGAGAGAGCAUACUAAUGUGCAAUUGGAAAGACACACCUAAGGUUUUGGAGCUAUUGACGUCCAGUAUGACUGAGACAAUGAGUUACCUGGGCGCUGAUGUAGGGGCUGGCCUGAAAGCACUGGUAUUGCACUCAGUUAGUCUCAAAUUAGCUUCAUGUCGGUCUGAUAUACAUGCCUUUUUAAAACAUACAUUACUAUGGGUACAAGCAGAGAGAUUGGGUAUUGAUGUCUUGAAGCUAGCUGAUGAAUGUAUUCAGGCUUUGGUGUCUGAAGGUGGUUUUAAGGUUUUGAAAGAGACAUCUUGUAUGGAGAAUGAUGCUGACAUUAUAACUGCUGUAAUUCAAAAUCGGUCUAAAGCACAAUGUUCCAAUGUGUCUAUAAAUAUUGGCCUGUCAACUCCUCUCAACUUGAGCAAAAUAGGUGAAGCUGCUGUUCAAGGGUCCUUUGACAUGGCUACUGCUCAUCGUCUAUAUGAUGAUCUACAUUUAGCCCAAGAAAAAUUGGUCCUGGUAAAUCACCUUCAUCUUUUGUUUGCUGUCACACCUUAUAGCAUGAUUGAGACCAUUAAAUAUGCGAACCAAGUGUAUUUUAAUGUGUACAUGAGUCUUGGCUCUGAGGAAUUGAAGGUAGCUAAUACAUUAGGCAUUACAGAAGCUAUUGCUGUAGCCAUUAUGAAUAGGCGUCCAAUCAAGGCAAUACCUCAAGUAGUGGUUGACAGAUUUUAUCUUACUCUUAUGCUCUAUGACUUAUGGCAUCAGAGGUCAAUUUGGGAUGUAUCUAAUAAGUUUCAAGUAUCUAGAGGACAAGUGUUCACCUUACUUCAAGCUGCUUCAGGUUUUGCUUCAUGUGUUCUACGUUACUGUGAGGUACUGGAGGAGUUUUGGUGUUUUAAACUUCUGUUAGAAGUCAUGGUACAGCGAUUGUCUCACUGCUGCUCAAUUGAACUUAUACCUCUUAUGGAACUGCCCGCUGUGAAAAUUGGGCGUGCUCGGCAGCUUUACAAUGCCGGAUACCGCAGCCUUCGAGAUGUAGCUUCUGCUGAACCAACCCGUUUAGUACGAGAGUUAGAUCACAUGCCGAAGAAAGCAGCUUAUCAAAUUGUAGCAGCAGCUAAGCUAUUACUGAUUCAGAAAGCUGCAUCAUUGCGUGAUGAAGCAUCAGAGUACCUUGAUGGUUUGAAUUUUAACUUAAAACAAGCUGUUACACCCCAUCAAAAGUGAUGUAACAAGGUGAUGUAAAGAUGACCGUUCCUAGUCGGACCCAUGUGACUUUUAAGAAUAAGGUACAAUUUUAGAUAUCAUAGAUUUUUUCAACAAAUUUCUUGAAUUGUGAUGUAGUCUAAUAAGGUACCCAUUAAUUAGCAAAUCUUGUGUUCCAAUCUUGCUUUAAUUUUGUUCUGUGAUUUAUGUUAAUUUGGUACAUAACUUGUUUGAAUUAUAACAUAUUUUAUAUGAAAAAAUUA